AUGCAGACCAACCCCAACGACAGCACCGACAGCACCAACACCUCUGCGACUCCCAAUGCGACGCUUACCAUGAACCUCGACAUAAAUGUGUUGGCGGCGCUUGUUGCAAACAUGAAUCUCUCGAUAACAAUCAAUGCAACACCUGCGAGUCCUGCGAGUGCCUUGACACCUCCAGCUAUCCCACCUCCUCCACCCCCGGUCGUUCAGGCUGUCCCUUCCGCCCCUGCUGCGGUUCGUUCACCCGUCUCACCCAUUGCACCUCCAUCCAAUUUCUGGGUGUAUCCCGAGGAUGCCAAGGCCACGGAUCCUACGGUUGUCAAGUAUUAUGUCGUGGUCAGAGGUCGGUGCUGUGGGGUUUUCACUGAUUGGUUCUAUGUUAGCGAUCUCAUCGACAACUUGAGGUCACACUGUAUCUUCCGAAGCUUUCGCAGCUACGAAGAGGCCUGGGCCCAUUACCAGCUCGCUAAAAGUAGGUGUACCGUCAGAGCCAUAGGUCGCAACGGUUGGCUGGCUGGGCACUUCGAUAGUCUCUAUGGCCCGGCGGAAGACUGUGUUCACAAGAGAUCAAAUGUCUUCUCAUUCUCCGAUGCUUCUGGUGCUCGUACACGAAUUCGAGCGAAGACUAUCCAAAUCGACAACCACCCAGAGGAACCCGAAGAGCCUCCCCCAUCGGAGACCGAACCAUCCACACCUUCGACUCCGAUUGUAGGGCGAGCGGUGGAUAUCGAACUGGACAGCGACAGUUGGGAUCAGUCAAACAUCAAUACCGAGGAGACUAAUGACCAACCUCGACUCGACGACUCAGAGGACGAGGAGGAUCCAGUCCAAUCCAAGUCGAAACGCCACCGUAAUUAUAAGAAUUGGAACAAACUCCUUGAAUGGCUCCCUUAUCGAUCUGACUUCCUUGAUGAGCUGCUAAGGCACGAUGGUCACGGCGAUUACCUGGGGGAGAGCAGCUGCAAUACAUGCGCUGAGAAGGAUUGCCGGUUGUUCAAGUGUCCGGACUGCUGGGAUGGGUGUCUGCUAACCUGUUGCGAGUGCCUUCUCAACAACCAUCGUAACCUUCCUCUUCAUCGGAUCGAGGAAUGGAAUGGGCGCUAUUUUGAAAAGACCUCUUUAUCUAGUCUGGGCCUGCGCGUCCAGCUCGGACAUGGAGGGGGAAGCUGUGCAAACCCACUUCCAGGACCCCCAGACUUCACGGUCUUCGACAUCAGUGGAGUUCACUCCGUGAACAUCGACUACUGUGACUGCCUUCCAGCCACGCUCUCUCGUCCUCAAACGGCCUUCACUUUUGACAUGCUCGAUCACUUCCAUCAGCUCUCCUUACAGGGUAAAGUUACCUUGUACGACUAUUACCAUACGAUUGUCAAGCGUUCGGACUUUCUACAACUUAGAUCAGUUCCUAGCCGCUGUAAUGACUUCCAUCGGACCUUUCGCCUCUGGCGUGUGCUGAUGAUGUUCAAACGCGCGGGGCGUGGCAAUGUCCCGAACGGAAUCGCGGAAACCAAGGAAGGAGAAUUGGCAAUCGAGUGCCCGGCGUGUCCACAUCCCAACAAGAACCUUCCUGUCCGUUGGAAAGAGGCUGGCAAAUUAGCGUUUCUCUAUACGCUAUUUGUCGCAGUGGACGCCAAUUUCAAGCUAAAGGGGAAGAAUCGGGGGUUUUCAGACAUAGAGUUGCUGCCUGGUUUGGCGUAUUUCGUUGAGGAGAACAAGUAUCAGAAUCAUUUGAUCGGGUAUGUAGACGAAUCAGAGAUCAAUACCUGCCAGUCGGAGCAUGACGCUGUAGUCAGAGCAGCCGUCAGAUGCACUCCGGGAUACAACGUUACGGGGGCUGCGAUUGUCAUUUGCUCACGUCAUGGCUUCCUCAGACCGAACGGCGUUGGCGACUUACAAAAAGGAGAGCGGUAUUGCAACAUUGACUAUAUCGUAUUCUCAGCUCUCGCGGCCGUAGCACUCCUCCAAGUAGUGAUAACUUACGAUAUCGCUUGUCAAUGGGUCAAGAAUUUCCUGAAACGGCUUGGGAAACUUCCAGAGGCUAUUCGACUCAACACCAAUGAAACCAAAGUCACCGCCCUUAUCCCCUCUUGGCAUAUCAAUGGCCACGGCCCGGAUUGCCAAGUCAACUACGCUCUACAGUACACUCCGGGAGCUGCGAAGACCUGUGGCGACGAAAUCGAGCAGAACUUUUCCGAAACCAAUGUAUUAGGCGCCAGUGUGAGAGAGAUGGCGCCGGCGGCUCGUCACGAAAUGCUGACCGACCAAUUCCAAGGGAAUAACGCGCGGAAGACUGUGAAACUUAAAGCUCUGCUGGCGAAGAAGUUCCGAGAGUCGGCGGAAAUGCGAGCUCAACAGGAGCAAGCAUUCAGUAACCUAUGCCUUACGUUCACACUGGACAAGAUAGCGAGAUGGACUAGAAUGAUUGUGGACUGGGAGAAGGAUCCGAAGAAUAAUCCAAAUCCAUAUGCAGAAGUGAAACUCGAAACAACAAUGCAGGAUGUGCGCUUGGAAUUAGCGAAAGAAGACGAGCGAGAGGAGGCUCGUGGCGUGGUUUCGGCGCAUACGACAUCGAUGACAGCGUGCCUAGUGGUGGCGCUUGACUUGGAGGAACAGCAACGCUCGCUCAAAUUUGACUUGGAGAAUAGUCGUAUGAGCACCAGCAAGCAGAAGGCUGACUUACAGGAGAAGCGUAAUGGAAUGCGUCGACGGAUUGCUAGGUGGAGGGAGGUUCAAAUCGUCUAUGCUCCGUGUGUGGCACCACUCCUCCCUGGGAUAACCGCUGGUGAAGACUCGGAGGGAGCCGAAGUCAUCAAACCCGAGGACAUUCCGUUAUACCUCCCAUCGGACCUCACACCCACCCUACAUCAAACUAUUCCGGCCAUGACCGAGAAGGAGAGGCGGUUACGCGAGGCGCAGGCUGACGAUGCUCUCUCCGAAAUUCGACUUGGCCGAAGAAUCUUGACAGGACUCACUCAAUUCAAGAAACUUCAUCUGGCCGGGGCUGGAAACAAGCCCAACACGAGAGUGCGUUCGCUAUACAAUCGUAUCCAAGCCAAGAUCUCCAAGGCCGCCAACCGUUACCGACGAGCUCGCGAUGCCUUGGUUACAAUAAAUCCGACAGGCGAGUGGACCCACAGACUGAAACCACUCAACCCGGGUGAUAUUCGGGGGCCUGGGAGGGAGUCACACGAAAGCAGCAGCCGAUUUAUCCCAUCUUGGAUUUGGCAGGUUCCGAGAGUUCGGAGGGAAGGUGACGACACCUUAGCCGAGGAAGAAUUGGACGAAAGCUUGCGAGUGGAGUGGGCGAAGGGACGAGCACGUUUGCAACGAUGGAAUGAGGAGUAUCAAUUGGUCCAAGAGGAAAUGCGAAGGUCUGUAGUCUAUCUUCGAUGGAAGGCUGUAUGGUGGGAGGAGCGCGCAAGUCACGACAGUUUCAAGUCCGAUGACAUGAUGCAUGGAGCUCGCGCAUACGCCCACAAGCAGGCUGAUCUCUGCCGACGCUUGGCCGACAGGUUUUCACAGCACUGGACGGCUAUACUGCGGAAAUACGGGGAACUUCCCAUGUGGAUGCCUUGGGCGGGCUAUGACGAUGGCUCUGGCGCCAAGUCGACUGCAGAGCCUAACGGGGGCCCGAACGACCACACCCACGAUACCAACGAUACUGACGACGAGAAUGACUUGGACCUUGAUGAGGAUGCACCGGAGGACGCUGAUGGUGUUGUUGACGAUGCAGCAGAUGUAUUCGAAUUCGAAAUCGACGACUGA